GACUGGACUCGGCGUUUCUAUGACAAGAGCGGAAUCAAGACGUCCAAAGCGAGUCAAGCCCCUCGAGUCGCAAGCGCUCAGAACGCGGACAUCGCCGGUGUUCACGAAGGCCAGAUCCGCCGCGCCGGCCGCUGGAACAACGGGGACCAGAUGACGGGCUGCUAUCUGACCUCUCUGCCGUUUGAGUUCAUGAGGGCUGUCGCCGACUUCGAUCCCGAAUGGUCAGGGUCCUAUUUUAUAGCCAGAAGCACCGCCAAGCCUCCCAGUCGUCUUCUCGCCCGGGUCUUUCCUGGGUUGGAUUACUGGAGGGAGCGGCAUGACGCUCCAGAAGGCAGUCCAAUAGCCGCCACCGUUCAGCAAGACAAGGCUGCGGGAGCUUUCCUCGAGCUUCUUGAUUGGCUCCGGGAGGUCAUCCUGCAAGACGCCGUCUUUCUGAAGCCUCUUUUCCCCAACCACCCCAUCUUCCGGGACCCUCUCUUCCAAGAUCCGGAAUUUGAGCAAUAUGCAGCUCGGGUUCGCGAGAUCUGCAGCCAGGUUCACGAGGAUAGCCACCAGACGGCCAUCGAGAAGACCAUCCCGUCGGUGGCGGAGAAGCUACGCACCAUCUCAACCCAGCAGGCCGCCGCCGCCGCCGCCGCCGCUUUGUCCAACACCGAGCGUCUCCUCCGGGCCGAGAAGUCGACUGGACAGCCUGUUACCGCAGCGUCUCCGUCGGACGCUCCGGGCGUCGCGGUUGUGCGUCUGGACGGCGAAACACCGCCGCGUUUUCGCUUCCCACAGUCCGUCAACACGGUGAUGGACCUGUGGCGUCUCUGGAGACAUGGGAUACCUCCAAUGCCGUCUAUCCAGAGUCUCGAAGAGCGAUGGGGUGCUCGGUGGCGAGCGAGAGCCGACCGGCAAUACUUCUCCAUCCGUCGUCGGAUCUUUGACGAGAUUGUACGUCGCUCGCAAGCCCGAAAUCAGCCGGAGGACGUAUCGGCGCGAGAGAUGGAUCUAGAGAGGGAGAAGAUGUCGUUGGAUAAGUUCUCCAAGACUCUGAGGGCACAA